AUGCGUCUCUUCGAAUUCCUCGCCGGACUUGCCUUGCUGUGCACAAUCGCCACUUCCGCCGCGGUCUCCAUGAUACCAGAUGGCGGCGACGGUAUUACUACGAAGAUCUACCAGAACUGGCUCGAGGGUCGGGCUCCGAAGCUCGAGCACCCUCCUCCUGGCCAUAUGAAGCAGAAACGCGACGGACAAAAGAUGUUCACCUUUGGCGGAUACUCGACAAGCAUUUCGGGGGACGGCAAAUUCGAGAAAUUGCAAGAACCCAUCGAGGCCAACGGCCACCCACAUCCGUGGUGCCAGGGCUUCAAUGGAUCCAACGGAUACACCGAGGGACAAGAACCUACCAUUCAUUAUGCUCACAUGGACCACGCAGAACACAAGUCUGAUGUUCCCACUGUUCCCCAGUUCAUCUGUUUCUUCUACAAUAACUUCGACUGCGAUCCGAGCAAGGGUGGGACAGGCAACGCUAAAUUCAACAUAUCGCACACCUUCCUCACGGACUUGGACAUGAAGUCGAAGGAUGGUGACCAGUAUUCUAUAGAGAAUCGGAACUUCCCGAUGCAGAACAAAGAUACCUCGAACAACCGUUACUUGUGGAUCAAGGCAUACGGCUGCAUGAAAUACAUCGACGCUCCUAAUGCCGAUGGAAACACUGCGCAAGGUGCCACGGCAGAGCUCGAGCUAUCUGCUGCCGAUCUCAAUUCGGGCCUCGUACUGAGUAAGUAUGAUACACUCAAUGAGCAACGACAGAGCUAA